AUGGGCGAAUACGUCGGUGACGGCGCAGCUCCCGGCGAGCUAUGGAGGCACCCGGCUCCCACGUCGACGCCCAUGUGGCAGUUCAUUGAGCGCGUCAACAGCAAGCGCGGGCUGAGCAUCAAGGCAUAUCCAGCGCUCUACAAAUGGUCUGUUGAGAAUACCUCGGCCUUCUGGGAGGAUGUCUGGGACUUUGUCGGCAUUGUCGCGUCCAAAAAAGCAGACAAGGCUCUCCCGGACCACAGCCCCAUCUAUCCGAGGCCCGACUUCUUCUCGUCUGCUCGCCUCAACUUUGCCGAGAACCUCCUCUUCCCUGCCACUGCGGAAGCCAUCGACCCAUCCGCCGUCGCCGUCAUCACCACCACCGAACUCCCCGGCGAACUGCGGUCCACAUCCUGGGCCGAGCUCCGCGAAGCCGUCCGCCGAUGCUCCAAUGCUCUGCGGGCCUCCGGCCUGAAGCCCAACGACGUGGUUGCCGGCUACGUCUCCAACCACGUGGAAGCCCUCGUGGCCAUGCUGGCUGCCGCAUCCGUCGGCGCCAUCUGGACCAGCAUUAGCCCUGACAACGGCGUUUCCGCCGUCUUGGACCGUCUGAGCCAGAUCGGCCCCAAGGUGCUGUUCGCCGACAACGGCACCGUGUACAACGGCAAGGAGUGGCCGAGCUUGUCCAAGACCAGCCAAAUAGUGGCUGAGCUGAGCAAGACUGGGCUCCAGACCGUGAUUGGCAUCAGCAACACAAAAGCCGACCUUGGCCUCGCAGACUUGCAGUCCCACGGCGUUUGUGCAGUAGACUAUGAUUCCUUCCUGGCCAGCGCCUCGCCUCACCUUCUUCGAUUCGAGCAGCUUCCCCCUUCUCACCCUCUUUACAUCCUGUACUCGAGCGGCACAACUGGCCUGCCCAAAGCAAUUGUCCAUACCGCACUGGGUACUCUGAUCCAGCAUAAGAAGGAGCACAUGCUUCACUGCUCCCUGACUUGCUCGUCUCGUAUUCUGUACUACACAACCACAUCCUGGAUGAUGUGGCACUGGAGCGUUGGUGCUCUGGCCGUCGGUGCCACGUUGGUUCUCUACUCCGGAUCGCCGUUCAGGCCCAACUCGUACAUGUCUCUGCCCAGGCUUCUCUCCGAUCUCAAGGUGACUCACUUUGGCACGUCGGCGGCUUACCUUGCCGCCCUGGAAUCCAACAAUGUUCGCCCGGUUCAAGACCCAAGCACCGACCUGUCGUCGCUGGAAGCAAUCUACUCCACGGCCUCGCCGCUCCCUCCUUCCACCUUCAAGUUUGUGUAUGAGGCUUUCCCCAGAAAGAUCAACCUAGCAUCCAUCACGGGAGGCACUGACAUCGUCUCGCUGUUUGGGGCGCCAUGUCCCUUGCUGCCCGUGCGCCCUGGCGAGAUUCAAUGCGCCGGUCUUGGCAUGGACAUUCGCGUUGUAGACUCGGUGUCCGGAGAGGAACUGCCUGCUGGAGAGCAGGGCGACCUGGUUUGCGUCAAGCCGUUUCCUUGCCAGCCGCUGACCUUCUUCGGUGCCCAGGGGGCGGAAAAGUACAAGGCUGCCUAUUUCGACCGAUUCGAAAACGUCUGUGGCGCAAAGGGGGCAGUCUGGCACCACGGGGACUUUGUCAAGAUGGCCGAUGCUUCGACGGGCAGUCUCGUCAUGCUCGGCCGGUCGGACGGGGUCCUGAAGCCAGCUGGUGUUCGUUUCGGUUCGGCAGAGAUUUACAACAUCCUCACCCGCUUCUUCUCUGCCGAGGUCGAGGAUGCCGUGUGCGUCGGCCGCCGUAGGGAGGCAGACAAGGACGAGACGGUCUGUCUGUUCGUAGUCAUGGUGGCUGGCAAGUCAUUCUGCGAGGACCUGCGAACCCGGAUUAAGGCCAGAAUUCGAUCCGAACUGAGCCCUCGUCACGUUCCUGUCGUUGUGGAGGAGUGCGGAGCCGGGGUUCCAAAAACUGGUAAUGGCAAAAAGAUCGAAGUGGCCGUGAAGCAGAUUCUUUCCGGGUUGAGCAUAUCAACCAAUGCAAGCGUUGCGAACCCUGAAUCACUAGAAUGGUUCGAAGAGUGGGCCAGAGGAAAUUAA